AUGCCGCUGAUGAAAAGACCAUGCACCAGGAUGCUGGCCGUCCGACCCGCGACCAACUCCAUACUGGCGAUCAAAUCUCGUUGCGCCGCGGAUCCACGCCGCCUCUUUGCCACCCAGAAGGGCCCUGCACCACGCGAAACCCCCGGGGUCAAGCGUCGCAGUGUCACGCCCUUCAAUGACGACGGCUACGUUCCGUGGACGGAGCUCUCUGCAGCGGAGAAGACCGCCCGAGCGACGCAGCAGACGUUCAACCUCGGCCUUGUUCUGGUUGGCCUGGCACUGACGGGAGCCGUGGGAUAUUUCCUCUGGACAGACGUGUUCGCGCCAGACAGCAAAAUCAACCAGUUCAACCGGGCCGUUGACCGGAUCAAAAAGGACGCCCGGUGUGCCCAGGUGCUAGGCGACCCGAGGAAGAUUGUCGCUCACGGGGAAGAGACUCUGAACAAGUGGCGAAGGGCAAGACCAGUCGCAUCCUCCGAACGUUCUGAUUCACAAGGACACGACCAUCUUCUGAUGUCCUUUCAUGUCGACGGCCCCUUGCGAAGCGGCAUCGCCCAGCUGCACAUGGUUAAACGGCGCGGUCAGUCCGAGUACGAGUAUAAAUACCUCUUCGUCGACGUCAAAGGCCACGAACGAAUAUAUCUGGAAAAUGCGGAUUCCUCAGGGGCCCGCCCCAAGAGGCAAUUCAAUUUUCUGGGGGUGAAGUGGUGA